GUGAGUGCAGACAGCUGAGUUUCCGGCUGGGUUUGGUUCGGGAGUUUGCGGAGCUCGGACAGGCGAUCCCGGAUCGGGAUAUCACGCACCAUGGCGGUGUCCGAGGCCCAGCUCAAGAAAAUGCUGAGCAAGUACAAAUACAGAGACUUAUCAACACGUGAAAUUUUACAUGUCACAGGUCUUUACAGAGAUCUCAAACCUCUCAUGGAUUCUUAUGUAUUCAAUGACGGUUCCUCGAGGGAGCUGCUGAACCUCACAGGGACUAUUCCUGUACCUUACAAGGGUAACACAUACAAUAUCCCAAUAUGUCUCUGGCUACUUGACACUUACCCUUUCAAUCCCCCAAUCUGUUUUGUUAAACCAACCAGUACAAUGACCAUUAAAACAGGGAAACAUGUUGAUGCAAAUGGCAAGAUUUACCUCCCUUACCUACAUGAAUGGAAACACCCUCCAUCCGACUUAUUGGGACUCAUCCAGAUACUAAUUGUUGUUUUUGGAGAGGAGCCUCCAGUUUUCUCUCGAUCCGCUCCACCUGCUCAGUUCCCUAUGUAUCCAGCAACUGGACCCCCAAACAGUUCCUACAUCCCUGGCCCAAUACCACCCUACCAGACUCAAGGCCUACCACCUAACCCCAGUGGUUAUCCUGGGUUUUCAUAUCCUCAAGGAGGGCAAUAUCCACCAACUUCAGGCCCACAGAUUUUCCCACAGCAACAACAACCUGCUCCUCAAGUUAAUUCUGGUCCACCAAGAGAUGGAACCAUUGGUGAGGACACAAUUCGAGCCUCUCUUAUAUCCGCCGUUAAUGACAAACUGAGAUGGAGGAUGAAAGAAGAAAUGGAUAGGGCUCAGGCUGAGCUCAAUGCCCUGAAACGUACAGAAGAAGACCUGAAGAAAGGUCACCAGAAGCUAGAAGAGAUGGUCACUCGGCUGGACCAAGAAGUGACUGAAGUGGACAAAAACAUUGAAACAUUGCGCAAGAAAGACGAAGAGCUUGGCGCUGUAGUGGAAAAGAUGGAAAGCCAGUCGGAAUACAGAGACAUUGAUGAGGUUAUUGUCCCCACAGCCCCACUGUACAAGCAGAUCUUAAACCUCUACGCUGAAGAGAACGCUAUCGAAGACACCAUCUUUUAUCUGGGAGAAGCACUCAGGCGUGGCGUGAUAGACUUGGACGUCUUCCUAAAGCACGUCCGUCUCUUGUCUCGCAAGCAGUUCCAGCUCAGAGCGCUCAUGCAGAAAGCCCGGAAGACGGCGGGACUGAGUGAUCUGUAUUAACGCUGGACAUCAAUGUUCUUUUUUUUUUUUUUUUUUGUAGCUCUCAUGUUUUAUGAUCUCUUCUAAUUUCUUUAAAAAUCAUUAGAAAUCUCGGUUAAGUUAUUCUUAUUGUUAAAAGAAACCGUUGAAUAGGUUUCUGUUGGGGAGGAAUCUGUGAUGGUUUGACGCACUUUUUUGUGUUUUCUUUAAGCGCAUCUUCUCUCCGACGAGAACCAGAGUCCGUAAAUUGUACUGCGCUUACUUGCCCGUUAACCUGGCAUCACCUCGAACAGUGUCUGAACAGAAGGCACAUGCAUAGCUCAAGAGAAGAAAAGCUAUUUUACAUGAUUUUAUGACAUCGCUGCUGUGCAGUCUCAUUUGUAAAUUAAAGUAGGAAUCAUCUUUAUAACUGGCUAAGCAAUACCACAUAUGGGAAGGAGCUAAGAAUCUGAAAUUCCUCUCUUGCUCUAUACAUAUGCUUUCUGUGUUCGCACAACAAAAAAGGCUUGUUUUGUCUUAUUUUGUGCUUUGAAAACACUGUCUGAGUGACUGAUCAUAUUAACUGCACCAGCAGUUGCAAUCUACAUUAAAAAUGUAUUCGACUCUUGUACAAAGGACAUAGGGCUACUAUGGGACUGCACACCAGUGCUGCAGGUAGCGAAUUUCUAUUCAUGUUUGUCGCUUAUCCUUCACAUCAAUUAGGUUAGAUAUUUGUACUAUAAUAUGUGGAUGGCCAGUUAAAUAUGUAAAGGCACGAUCUCCGCAACAACAAAAAAAAUGAGAGAUAUAUAUAUAUAUAU